GUCACCGGGCCGCCCGUCACCGCGUCCACUUCCCGUGCUGGACGAGGCUCCUCCCUCCCUCUGCACGUCCCUCCCCUCGCAAUUAGCUCCAGAGUGUCUGUCUCCCGCUGCCUGCCUCUUUCUUCACCACCAGACAAGCCUGACAUCAAGACCCCAAUGGCUAAUGAAGCUAACCCCUGUCCGUGUGACAUUGGUCACAAGCUAGAGUAUGGUGGCAUGGGCCAGGAAGUUCAGGUCGAGCACAUCAGGGCAUAUAUCACCAAAUCCCCCGUGGAUGCAGGCAAAGCUGUGAUUGUCGUCCAGGAUAUAUAUGGCUGGCAGCUGCCCAACACCCGGUAUGUGGCCGACAUGAUUGCUGGAAACGGAUACACAACCAUUGUUCCAGACUUCUUUGUGGGGCGAGAACCAUGGGACCCAGCUGCUGACUGGUCCACCUUCCCUGAGUGGAUAAAAUCAAGAAAUGCCAGAGAAGUCAAUCGAGAGGUCGAGGCUGUCCUGAGGUAUCUGAAACAAAAGUGUCAUGCCCAGAAGAUUGGCAUUGUAGGCUUCUGCUGGGGGGGUACCGUUGUGCACCACGUGAUGCUGAGAUACCCGGAAGUCAGGGCGGGGGUGUCUGUUUAUGGCAUCAUCAAAGACAGUGAAGAUGUUUAUAAUUUGAAGAACCCGACGUUGUUCAUUUUUGCGGAAAAUGAUGCCGUGAUCCCACUUGAGCAGGUCUCCGUGCUGACUCAGAAACUGAAAAAACACUGCAUAGUUAAUUACCAAGUUAAAACAUUUUCUGGGCAAACUCAUGGCUUUGUGCAUCGGAAGAGAGAAGACUGCUCCCCUGCUGACAAGCCCUACAUUGAGGAGGCGAGGAGGAAUCUCAUUGAGUGGCUGAACAAGUACAUGUAACAGUACUCAAGCACAGGGCAGCUGUCAUUCAGAUUUUCUUGGGAAUAAUUAGCCAUCUGAUUUCUUACUUUACAUAAAAUAUAGGGAUCUUAAAAUUCUUCUGAAACACAAAUACAAAAGAAACUAAACUAAAAGAUACUUAACACGCAAUAGAAAAA